AUGAUGUCUUUCCUUGUUGAAGAACAGAACAUUUAUACACCGGCGAAAUCUCCUACUACUACCAACUUGCGUCGUAUAGUUCUGGGUCGCUGCAUGAAAUUGCAACUGAGACUAUUACGGACACUUUACAGAGCCUUGUCCGGGAAAUUAACAAGUUCAGUUGGGAAUAGAGCUUCUGCUGUGGCAAGCCUGGUUAACGAAAGUGAUGGCAAGGUCGAGAAAUGGACUGCCAGUAGUGACGACGAGACUAGAUAA